AUGGCGACCCAAGUACAAGCCCUAUAUGACUUCUCAGGUGAGCCAGGCACAACUGAAAUGUCAAUUACUAGUGGAGAAGUUUUGACCCUCAUAAAUACGGAGAUUGGUGAAGGAUGGUGGGAAGGAAGGAAUUCUAAAGGAGAAACUGGACUAUUUCCAGCUGCAUAUGUAAGAAAAAUGACCCAAGAUGAGUCUGCUCCUACUAAGAUGGCACCUGCAGCACCAAGAUAUGACCAAGCAGCUGAUGAUUGGGGAGAUCAACAAUAUAGUGCAGGUGAUAGUAACUACCAAAGAGGAGCAUCAAAUGAAGAUGGUUGGGAUGACGAUUGGGAUGAUGACACUUAUUCAGAAAUAGGACCUGGUCCACAACAAAAUAAAGCACCAUUAAAUCCACAACCACUAGCACCAUUGCCCGGUAUGCCUAUUAGUGAUUAUAAUCAGCAUAUUGAAGACACUGCAUCCACAUUCUCAUCUGUGGGGACGGUCAGAAAAAGUAAGUUUGCUCCAUCUUCAAAAGUAAGUGGUGAAAGUUAUCUGCUUGGUACUUUAAAUGUUGAAGUGUCAGAUUCUGAAAAAGUGUAUAUUGUUCAAGAUGAAGAUGGCUACUCUUGGGCUCCAAUUUCUCAACCUUAUCAUGUUACUGUAGCAUCUCCUAAAAAAGAAUCUAAGUUCAAAGGAAUUAAAAGCUUUAUUGCAUAUCAGUUAACACCGUCUUUUAAUAAUAUUCAAGUCUCUCGGAGAUAUAAACAUUUUGAUUGGCUCCAUGAGCGUUUACAAGAAAAGUUCACAUUGAUACCAAUACCACCACUACCAGAUAAACAAAUAUCUGGGAGAUAUGAUGAACAAUUAAUUGAACGCAGAAGAGUUCAGCUGCAGGAAUUUGUUGAUUGGAUGUGUAAACACCCUGUUCUAUCAAAAUCUGAAGUAUGGCAACAUUUUCUCACAUGCACUGAUGAAAAACGCUGGAAAGCAGGAAAACGACAAGCUGAAAGAGAUAACCUACUUGGAUUAAAUUAUUGUGUUUCACUAGUUGUACCUGAAAAGGCUUUAUUGCAUUCACAAGUUGAGGUUGUUACUGAACAAUGCUAUACCUUUAUAGGCAGUAUGGAUUCAUCUGUCAAAUUACUUACGAAUAUGUGUCUUGCACAAACUAAGAGAUUCCAAGGACCAUACAAAACUGAUUGUCAAAAGACGGGAGAGGCAUUUUAUAAUCUAGGCAAUGCUUUGAGUUUAGACGAGGGAACCAUAGUAUCUACAUCAAAACUUACCUCUGCCAUUAAAAUGACUGGAGGUGCUUAUAUUGAAAUCGGUAAAAUGUAUGAGGAUCAACCUAAAUAUGAUUUUGAACCUUUAGGCGAUAAAUUUCACUUAUAUAAAGGAAUUGUGGGUUCAUUCCCUGAUUCUCUAGGUAACCACAAAGCUGCAGUACAAAAGAAACGUGAAUGUGAAAGGUUGACAAAUGAACAGAAAAUGGAAAUAGCCCAAUUAAAUGAGAUUAAGAGACGAACUGAUGUCAUUUCAUAUGCCCUGCUUGCCGAAAUUAAUCAUUUCAAAACUCAGAGAACAGUUGAUAUAAAAGCCACCAUGCAGAAAUUCUUAAAACAGCAGAUUACAUUUUAUAAAAAAAUCGUAGAUAAACUAGAAGGUGCGCUGCACCAAUAUGAUGAUUAA